AUGGGACACAAGGGGACACCAGAUAUGCAGGGGUCACAAGGGACACGGGGGACAGAAGUGACACAGGGGACUCUAAGGACUCAGGGGACACUAGUGGCACAGGGGACUCUAGGGACUCAGGGGACACAGGGAACACAAGGGACACAGGGGACACAAAAGUACAAAAGGGACACAAGGAGACACAAGCAACACAAGGGACACAAAGGGACACAGGGUACACAAGGGAUACAAGGGAUACUAGGGGACACAAGGGAGACAGGAGACUCAGUGCACACAAGGGACACAGGGGACACAAGGGCUCCAUGGGACACAAGGAACACAGGGAAGUUAUGGGACACGGGAGACUUAUGGGACACAGGAGACACAAGGGACGCAGCCGACACAGGCGACACACGGGACACAACCGACAUAGGGGACACAGGGCAUACAGGGGACACACGGGUCGCAAUGGACAUAAGUUGACCCAAGGCACACACGGGACACAGAAGACACAAGGGUCACAGGGGACACAAGUAACAAAGGUGACCCAGGGGACACGAUGGACAUAGGGGACACAGGAGAGAGAAGGCACCAAAGGGACACAGGGGUCUCGUGCGGACACAAGGGACACAUGGGACACAAGAGGACAAAAGGGGCACAAGGGGACACAAGGGAUACAAGAGACACAAGGGAACACAGGAGACUCUGGGCACACAGGGGACAGAAAGGACACAGGGGACACAAGGGAGACAGGAGACAAAGGGGACACAAGGGGACACAUGGGACACAGGUGACACGAGGGACACCGGGGACAAAAGGGACACAAAGGGACACAGGGGACUCAUUGCACAGAAGGAAAACAAGGGACCCAGAGACAGAGGAGAUGCAAGGGAGACAGGCGACACAAGGCACACAAGAGGACACAGGGGACACAAGGGGACACAGGCGACAUAAUUGAAGACCAGGGACACUAGGAACACAGGGAACUCAAAGGGACACAGGGGACACAAGUGGACACAUGGGACAACGCGGACACAACAGACACAGGGGGGGACAAGGGACACAAGGGACACAGGGAACCCAGGGAGACACAGGGGUCACAAGGGACACAGCGGACACAAGGGACAUAGGAGACAGAGGGGACACAGGGAACACAGGGGACACAAAGGGAUAGAGGGGAGACAAGGAGACAAGAGACGCAGUGGACACGGGAAAACACAAGGGAGUCAGGGGACUCAGGGGACACAAUUGAAAACAAGGGAGACUGGAGACACAGUCAACACAAGGGGACACAGGGGAGACAAGGGGACACCAGGUACACAGGGUCACAAGGGACAGGGGACAAAACUUGACCUAGGGGACACAAGGGACACAGAGGACAGAACUGACACACUGGACUAUAGGGACUUAAGGGACACAAAGGAACACAGGGGACAAAAAGGUACAAAAGGGACACAAGGGAACACAGGGAACACAAAGAAACAGAAAGGUACACAGGGGACACAAGGGGUCAUGGACGACACAAGGGGACAUUGGGAACACAGGGAUUACAACGGACACAAUAGGGCACAUGGGACACAAGGGGACAAAAGGAACACAAGGGUACACAGGGGACACAAGGGAUACAAGGGACACAAGGGCACAAAAGCAACACAGGAGACUCAUGGCACACAAGGGACACAGGGGCUCCAUGGGACACUGGAGACACAAGGGACACAGGGGACAAAGGAGACACAAGGGACACAAGGGGACACAUGGGAUGCAGGGGACUUAUGGGACACAAGGAACACAGGGGACACAAGAGACAUAGGGGACACAGGGAACAAAGAGGACACCGGGAACACAUGUGUUACAAGGGACGUAAGUUGACCCAAGGCACACAGGGGACACAGGGGACACAAGAAACAAAGGGGAUCCAAGGGACACGAUGCACACAGGGGAGUGAAGAGAGCCAAGGGACACAGGGUCACUUGGGGACACAAGGGGACACAGGAGACACAAGGGAUACAAGGGACGCAAGGGGACACAAGGGACACAGG